GGACUGGCUUUUAUAUACGGAUCUUGCAUAGUUAUGCAGAGUACCUACUUUAAACGCUACCUUGGCACAGCAAAUGCGAUAUCUGCUUGUGGUGUUAGCGUCGGACAGUUCACCCUUCCGUACAUACUCAACUACCUUAUAAUAACCUACGGAGUCCGUGGAGCUCUUCUUCUGAAUGCUGGUAUUUAUCUACAAUGCCUUGUUUUUGGCGCCCUUCUACGUCCCAUCAGUUGCUACGAUACAACAACACGUUUGAAAGUCAUCAGUUCUACUGACAUAGAACUAAAUGAAAGAAAUACGACUGUUAAAGGGGAAAAACAAACCGAAUCGAUAAAACAACAAUCAGACGAUGACGGAGAAAUCUCUCCGUUUUUGACAGACUCAAAAGACAGAGAUAGCUUGCAUUCAGUGGGAUCACAAGAAUCGACUAUGGACUCACCUUUGUCGUCACUUGUAACAAUUAAAGAACGAACCGAUUUAAAAGACGGUGACAAAAGCGCUUAUUCAAUCGAAAAUUUUGCUCUGUUCAGGGAAAAAAAAUUUAUCUCUGGAUACAUUGGAGCAAUUCUUGGAGCCGCAGCUUCCUCCAUGCCACAGGCAUUUUUCCCAGCUCAUGCUGUAGACUUAGACUUGUCCACUGAGGACGGAGUUGUUUUUCUUACAGUUGGUGGGGUGGCCGAUUUUGUGGGUCGUCUGCUCAUGGUUUUCUUAGCUGACCGAAAAUUUUUGAACCGAGGUCGACUGCUUGGCGUUAUCCUCAUCAUUCAUGGAGUUGCUGCUUGCUUUGUAUCAUUCUAUACCAAAUUCUUUCUGUUCGCAAUGUAUUGCGCCUGUUAUGGAAUCUCCAGUGGUAUAUAUUUUUCCAUCUCGAACACAGUCAUGGUGGAUUUUAUUGGAUCUCAAAGAAUGUCGGAUGCAGUCGGUUUGUUGAUAUUAGGCUCAGGAAUAAUUGGAACAAUCGGUUAUCCACUUACAGGUUACCUUCGUGACGUCACUGGUUCUUACAAUCUUGGGUUCAUUCUGAACGGUGUCUGCCUACUCAUAAGCGGUGCUUCGUUUCUCGUGGCGACCUUUAUACCCGUAUAAGAAACAUUGAUAGAAGAGCUGUGAUUGUUGUCACCAACAUGGUCAAUAUCAAUUGUGUCACUGUCGACACAUUCCAUAACACCGAGGACAGCGGCAGAUUGACAUAAUAAGUAGAGUACAGGACAAAAUGGUUUGCAGGCGGUACUCUCUUCCCUGCUCUGAGUUCAAAUCCGGGUGUGAUUGACAUUUCUUUCCAUUCCUAGGGUGUCGGUAAAAUAACAACCAAUUAAAUCCCGAGAUCAACCAAAUGGAGACUUCGUGAUAUUAUGCCACUCAAAGAAAUUAAAUUCAGCGUUAUUAUAUUCAUAAUAGAUAUAUAUGUAAAUGUAUAUAUACAUACAUACAUACAU